AUGGCAACAGAGCGGGCUAGAGCAGUGCCGGCGACGAGGGCCAUAGCGGUAGACGCGUUGAGAAUUAAAUGCACUCAUGGUAGAUUUACGGUGAGAGUUCCACUAGAUCCAUAGUACAAAGUAGACAUCACGAAUCUGGUCAAGGUUCAAGCCUGCUUUAGUUGACUCCAAGCUACGAAAAAUGGUGGUUUUCAGCGUAGCCACCCACUACUGUACAAGGCAGUACUCUUCAGGACAUAGGCUACAUAUAAGGAUGUCAGUGGAAGCAAACACCUUACCCAGCGUUUCAGAUCAGAGUUCAGAACCACCUCAAGAGCGUGUGCAGAGUACAGACAUGGCCACCUCCAGACUCCACAUCGCUUGCGCUCUCCUCCUCGCUGGUGUUGUGCUUCUGGGGCAAAAUCAAGAGGGCAUGGAAGCCGUGGCUUGCCCGCAGUACUGCCUGGAAGUCGACUACAUAACCUGCCCGUCCUCCGGGUCACAGAAGCUCCCGGCGAGGUGCAACUGCUGCAUGGCUCCCAAAGGCUGCACGCUUCAUCUCUCUGACGGGAUCAACCAAACUUGCUCUUAAUCCAGUUCAGACAGUGUUGUAACUUCAUGUCUUCAUGUAUGGUCUGGAGCUAGACAAUGUACGUACUUGUCAUGGCAGUAAUAAUGUGACAAAGCUGUAUGUUUUGCGGAUAAAGCAUGUCAUAUACUAUGAUUUAUGCAUUAUCGACGAGUACGCGCAUAUACAGAUAUUCCCUCCCGGCAGCUUCAAUGAGCCCUAAAAGUUGUUUUGGUACCUAUGGAGCAGAGGAGGGUAAUAAUAACGUAC